UGUGAAUGUAGAACAACACAUCAGAAUCUACUCUUGGUGCAGUGAACAUGUUCUCGAUAGAAUGCUCGCUCUCCAUGCAUGCAUGUGUAGAUCGGCUGUAACCUACGACCAGUGUUACAGCGAGACCGUAGCCUUUAGUUUGUUUACCAGAAGAUCAUUCUACCUCUGAAUUCACUGUGGGCUCUUUGCAACGAAUUGAUUGAAUAGUCGCAGCCGAGGAUUCGCUUAGCUUUCCCCGUAGGUAGAAGUCAUUAUAAAUCGCCGGCUUUCGCUUGGGGCAACGUUCAUUUGAAACAUGGCGAGUGACUCCCCGGCACGAAGUCUGGAUGAGAUAGACCUCUCUGCGCUGAGGGACCCCGCAGGGAUAUUUGAGCUGGUCGAGCUGGUGGGCAAUGGCACGUACGGACAAGUGUACAAGGGCCGCCAUGUCAAGACCGGACAGCUGGCGGCUAUCAAGGUCAUGGACGUGACUGGGGAUGAAGAGGAGGAGAUCAAGGCAGAGAUCAACAUGCUGAAGAAGUACUCCCACCAUCGCAACAUCGCCACCUACUACGGCGCCUUCAUCAAGAAGAACCCACCAGGCAUGGAUGACCAGCUUUGGCUGGUGAUGGAGUUCUGUGGGGCGGGGUCGGUGACGGACCUCAUUAAGAACACCAAAGGGAACACUCUGAAGGAGGAGUGGACCGCCUACAUCUGCAGAGAGAUCCUGAGGGGCCUGGCUCACCUCCACCACCACAAAGUCAUCCACCGAGACAUCAAGGGCCAGAACGUUCUUCUCACGGAGAACGCCGAGGUCAAGCUCGUGGACUUUGGCGUGAGCGCUCAGCUGGACCGUACCGUGGGCCGCAGGAACACCUUCAUCGGAACGCCGUACUGGAUGGCACCUGAAGUCAUCGCCUGCGACGAGAACCCAGACGCCACGUACGACUUCAAGAGUGACCUGUGGUCGUUGGGAAUCACCGCCAUCGAGAUGGCCGAGGGAGCCCCACCGCUGUGCGACAUGCAUCCGAUGCGUGCCCUCUUCCUCAUCCCCAGGAACCCAGCUCCCCGGCUCAAGUCCAAGAAGUGGUCCAAAAAGUUCCACCAGUUCAUCGAGAGCUGUCUGGUGAAGAACCACAACCAGAGGCCCAGCACGGAGCAGCUGCUCACCCACGCCUUCAUCAGGGAGAUGCCCAACGAGAGGCACAUCCGCAUCCAGCUCAAGGACCACAUCGACCGCACGCGCAAGAAGAGGGGGGACAGAGAUGAGACGGAGUACGAGUACAGUGGGAGCGAAGAGGAGGAAGAGGAGCACGACAAGGGAGAGCCCAGCUCCAUCAUCAACUGCCCGGGCGAGUCGACCCUGAGGCGGGACUUCCUGCGGCUGCAGCUGGCCAAUAAGGAGCGCUCGGAGGCACUGCGGCGGCAGCACCUGGAGCAGCAGCAGAAUGAGGAGCACAAGCGCCUACUGCUGGCCGAACGGCAGAAGCGCAUCGAGGAGCAGAAGGAGCAGCGGAGGAGGCUGGAGGAGCAACAACGGCGUGAGCGGGAGCUCCGCAAGCAGCAGGAGCGAGAGCAGAGGCGGCGCUAUGAGGAGAUGGAGCAGCUCCGCAGAGAUGAGGAGAGGAGACAGGCUGAGAGAGAGCAGGAGUACAUCCGCCGGCAGCUGGAGGAGGAGCAGCGGCAGCUGGAGAUCUUGCAGCAGCAGCUCCUGCAGGAGCAGGCUCUGCUCAUGGAGUACAAGCGUAAGCAGCUGGAGGAGCAGCGUCAGGCGGAGCGCCUGCAGAGGCAGCUGCAGCAGGAGAGGGCGUACCUGGUGUCCCUCCAGCACCAGCAGAAGCAGCAGCAGCAGCAGCAGCAGCAGCAGGACCCGCACCAGGCCGAGAAGAAGCAGCUGUACCACUACAAGGACGCCGUCAACCCCGCCGACAAGCCGGCCUGGGCCAAGGAGGUGGAGGAGCGCUCCAAGCUCAACCGCCAGAGCUCCCCGGCGCUGCAGCACAAGGUCACCAACCGCAUCUCCGACCCCUCUCUCCCGCCCCGCUCAGAGUCCUUCAGCAGCGGAGGGCUCCAGCCAGCACGCACCCCUCCCAUGCCCCGGCCCAUAGAACCGCAGAUGGCCCAUCUGGUGCCUGUGAAAUCCCACAGUCCCACCAUGUCUGGCUCCCAGUCCCUGCACGACCAGUCGCCCAAGGGGGUCGCCGGCUUCCAGGAGGGCCCGCCGUCGCACCGGCCCGAGAUGCCCCCCCGGCAGAACUCCGACCCCACCUCCGAGGUCCCGGCCCUGCCCUCCCGCUCGGACAAGCUGGAGCGGGGCUCCUGGCUCCGAGACGAGGACAUUCCCCCCAAGGUGCCCCAGAGAACCAUCUCCAUCUCUCCAGCGCUGGUCAGGAAGAACUCCCCCGGAAACGGAGCCGCAGGAGGCCUGGGGCCUAGAACCGGUUCUCAGCUCAUCCGGGCCAGUAACCCUGACCUGCGGCAGCCAGAGCUGUCCCUAGACGCUGCCCUGCAGAGGACCAGCAGCAACAGCUCCUCCAGCUCCGGCACACCCACCUCCCAGCCCGGCUCCAGCGAGAGGAACCAGAGCCGAGAUACCCCCAAGACGGAGACCUCACCCACAGCGUCCCAGGAAAGCCCUAAGCCCAAGCAAGAGGAGGCCCGCGAGACACCUAGACCCAGCAGACCAGCUGACCUGACUGCGUUGGCCAGGGAGCUGCGUGAGCUGCGUGUGGACGAGACGCCCCGCCCCCCCAUAAAGGUGACGGACUACUCGUCCUCCAGCGAUGACUCGGAGAGCAGCGGCGAGGAGGACGGGGCCCACGAUGGCACCGUGCCCGUCAGUGACAUCCCACGCAUCAUGCCUUCAGCACAGGGUAAUAAUGAGUCCUACGGAGGUAGCCAUGACGAUUCACUCAAUAAUGGAUCCAAAGAUGACACCCUGAUGCUGGGAGAGACUCGUGAGAGGAAGCGCUCCACUCACUCAGAGAGCAACGGCUUCGCCGGCCACGGGAACCUUCCGGACCUGGUCCAGCAGAGCCACUCCCCGGCCGGGACGCCCACGGAGGGCUUGGGCCUGGGCCGCCUCGCUGGCCUGCACGCCCCAGACAUGAGCGCCAUGGAGGAGUUUGCAAAGGGUGGCGGUUCUAAGUCCUCCUUCACGCCCUUCGUGGAUCCGCGCGUCUACCCCACCUCUCCCUCCGAUGACGACGGUGAUAACUCGGCCGCAGCCCUGUUUGAGAACGAGCUGCUGAGGCAGGAGCAGGCCAAGCUGAGCGAGGCCAGGAAGAUCUCCGUGGUCAACGUCAACCCCACCAACAUCCGCCCGCACAGCGACACGCCCGAGAUCCGCAAGUACAAGAAGCGCUUCAACUCGGAGAUCCUGUGCGCCGCUCUGUGGGGGGUCAACCUGCUGGUGGGCACAGAGAAUGGGCUGAUGCUGCUGGACCGCAGUGGUCAGGGCAAGGUCUACAACCUGAUCACGCGCCGCCGCUUCCAGCAGAUGGAUGUGCUGGAGGGUCUCAACGUGCUGGUCACCAUAUCAGGCAAGAAGAACAAGCUGCGCGUGUACUACCUGUCCUGGCUCAGGAACCGCAUCCUGCACAACGACCCCGAGGUGGAGAAGAAGCAGGGCUGGAUCACCGUGGGGGAGCUGGAGGGAUGCGUGCACUAUAAAGUUGUGAAAUAUGAGCGAAUCAAAUUCCUGGUGAUUGCUCUGAAGAACUCCGUGGAGAUUUACGCCUGGGCCCCCAAACCCUACCAUAAAUUCAUGGCUUUCAAGUCUUUCACGGAGCUGCCUCAGAGGCCGCAGCUGGUGGACCUGACGGUGGAGGAAGGUCAGAGACUCAAGGUCAUCUACGGCUCCAGCGUGGGCUUCCAUGUCAUCGAUGUGGACUCUGGGAACCCCUACGACAUCUACAUCCCCUCCCAUAUCCAGAGCACGGUGACGCCCCACGCCAUCGUGGUGCUCCCCAAGACGGACGGCAUGGAGAUGCUGCUGUGCUACGAGGACGAGGGCGUCUACGUCAACACGUACGGACGCAUCACCAAGGACGUGGUGCUGCAGUGGGGAGAGAUGCCCACCUCCGUCGCCUACAUCCACUCCAACCAGAUCAUGGGCUGGGGAGAGAAGGCCAUCGAGAUCCGCUCCGUGGAGACGGGCCACUUGGACGGGGUCUUCAUGCACAAGCGAGCACAGCGUCUGAAGUUCCUCUGCGAGAGGAAUGACAAGGUGUUCUUUGCCUCGGUCCGCACGGGCGGCAGCAGUCAAGUGUUCUUCAUGACGCUCAACAGGAACUCCAUGAUGAACUGGUGAAGCUGUGAACGUGCAGUCAUGGUCCCCACCACUGAGGCAGACAACCCCACUCACCAGGAGUCAAGAUGGCGUCUGUGAUUUCUUUUUUUUUUUUUUUCUUUAGGUACAUUUAACACUGGUUCAAAACAAUUAAAAAUGAAAAAGAGAGAAAAAAAAACUACAGUUUUAGAGACACUUGAGAGUGUAAGACUGUGAUCACGUUUCCAGAUCUCCAGGAUGGCCUCGUUAUCAUGCUUUUAGAUUAAGAAGCCAUAGAAGUGGCUUUGGUGAACUGGAGCGGUGACUCCUGAGCUCCUGUUCCCCACCUUCCCAGCAGGGGGAGCCAGAGGGGCUUGCUGCUGUGAAACCAGACUUUAGCCACGGAGCCUCCUCUGUGGUGCCUCUCCCCUUCUCUGUGUGCUGUCCCCCCCCCCCUCACACCUUACAACGGGACUCGAAACCUGUGGACUCCGGGAGAAAGCGCCGUUUUCUGUCUUCUGCAGAUACAGAGGAGCAGAGAGGAUCACAACGAGCUGUACAGAGAAUAUGUGUGUCUGUGUGGUAUGUGAGUGUGUGUGUGUGUGUGUGUUGGGUGGUCGGGGAGAUGUGUAAAGAUUUUAAAAAAUAAAAUAAUAAAAGAAGCGACCUCAGACUGAGGGAAACUUCUAGACCUUUGAUGUUUUCAUCUACAGUCAAAUCAGGUUGUUCUUUUGGUUGGUUUGUUUUUGUUUCCCGAUUGUUAUUCGCUCACACACAGCUCCUGCGAUGUGUUGUUGUAGGAAGGAGAGACGAGUCCAGCAGGUGGUUGUGGUGAACCUGAGCACAAUCCCCUACAUUGUAUCGAAGGCUGUGGCCUUUUUUCCGGUGCUGGUACUCUUUCUGUGCCCAUUCCUCUCUCCGCCUUCAUAUCACCACUGCUGUAUCGGGGCUCAGGCCAGCCUCUGGAGUGGACGCUCCUCUUCGGACGCCCCUCCUGACGCACCACCACCACCACCACCACCACCACGUGUCUGAGCCUGACCUUGUCACCUCCACAAGCCCAUGAUUGUGUCUCAAGCAUUCAUGUGUUAGUCCUCCAGCCAGUCGUAUAUGUCAGCGUCUCCUGAACUAAUCCACCAAUAGAAGCCUCAGAUGUCAACAUGGGCUGCCUCUCGUGCGCUGCUGAAUCGUAACAACUAGUGUACACGUUGGGACUGUAAUUGACCUACCUCGUAAUCAUGUGUCUGGUUAUUUCUUUUCAGUAAUGCAGAGGCUGAUAGAGAGACACCUUACAUUAUAGCUCAUUUUCAUAAACGCUUGUACCUUCACCCAGAUGAUCAUUUGUUAUUCUGAUUUGGGCAGGAAAAACAAUUGGUAUAUUUUCUAUUAUUGAUACCAUUUGAAAUCAUUUUGCAUUCUCAGUGUCCUCAGCAGAUUGAUGAUAUAUCACCUGUUAUGGUGGAAAAACAACUAAAAUAGUCUAAAGUCCUUCUUAUAUAUGUUUACUGGGAAAAAAAAAACAUUAACCUUGUUUUAACAUUGUAAAUGUGACCUAAGAUUAUAUGACAGUAACUGUGUUUUUACUUUUAAAAUGUAAGUAGACAAAAGUCAAGUUUGAUUAAAUAACAAAAUGCAACAAGCAGAAAUGUGUUGGUCUGCUUGUGGGGUUGACGCUAUACUGUAGCCAUUAAUCACUGUUUGAUCAGAGAGCUUGUGGGAAACGGAUGACCUAGCUAGCCAGGCCAUGUGAAGGAAGUGUCCUUGGGGAGCAAGGGAGAGAGGGAGAGCUUCACACUCAUGCCUUGACCCCACAGGCUCAGGUGUGCACAGGUGUGCAAGCCCCACCUCCUCUGGUGCUCAGAUCUGGUGAUCAGAGUUCCGCCUCCUUGAUCCAUCAUGCGGCCGUAGUAGUGAGUUCAAGUGAAUACUUCUGGAAACUUCUGAGGAGGAACCCUGAGUUGAAGAAAUACAACUGGAUGUUAUUUUUUAUUAUUAUUUCUACUGUUUAGGAUGAGAGAGGUGCUACCUUUUCUUCCUUUUUUUGACGUCUCUGGAAUAUUUUAUAGAUAUUUCAUACCAUCAAGUGAACGCUUGUUGAAGCGAACGGUGCAAGUUCUACUUCUGAUGCAUUCAUAAUGCAUCUAUCCCAACUGUUUAUUGUUUUCACAUACACUGAAAUUGUCUUUGUCCCCUGUGUGCAAUCACAUAAGCCCUGAAAGAACCAUCUCUUUGGGGGUCAUCUGUAAUUUUUGCACAGUGUACAUAUUUCUAUUUCAGACAUGCAUUUAAAUGGACAAAGAGAAAAGUUAUGCAGAGACAUGAGUGAUUGCACUCUGAAUAUAGAGUUCUAGCAAUAAUGAUGUCCUGCUGUGUAUGUGUGCGUGUGUGUGUGUAUGAUGAAUGAGUUCAUGUUUGGGAGGAACACUGUGCUAGCCUGUGCUUGAGAGUUUUAAAGAGAAUCUGACUCUCAUGUCACUAUGCUUCGUCACGUUUUACUUUCAGCUCUGGUGGCAUUGACACUUUAAUCACUUCAAACAUUGGUUGGGUAGUGUUUUACUUUUUGACGUGUUCCCCAAGGAGAUUGUCAUGUAUUCCACCCACACGAGGCAUAAAAGGUUGUCUUGCAUUUUGUUCGUUGUUUUUUUUUUUUUUUUUUUUUUUUUAAAGAAUAAAGAUAAGAUCAAUAAGUA